AUGUCAGGCUUUGAGGCACUGGGAAUGGCUUGUGCUGUCUUCCAGACCAUCAGCUUCGCUCAAGAAACAACCCGACUUUGCGUGGACAUAUACCGCGGUCUCAAAAUGCCUGACUCUAUAUUUCAAGCCAAUGCUUCAUCCAUGAUCGAGGCGGCAGUUCGCGUCAAGGCCUCCUGUAAAGCAGCAACUACGCCUGAAGAGAAAUGUCUCAUCGAUGUUGCCAAGGAAUGCACGUCAGCCGCGGCAGAACUUUCAGAUGAAGUAAGAAAGAUCACUGAACUUCACAAGAAAGGCAAAGGCAAUAUAAUUUCCGCAGCGCGCGGUGGAGUUACGUCUUUCUGGAAGAAAAAUAAGAUGAAUAGUCUUGAUAAUAGUCUCCGUCGACACGCCGAGACUAUGCAAACGCUAUUAAUCACCCGUGUUUGCGACCAAAAUGAAGCUGGUCGCCUCAAACAGCGUCAAGACUUUGAGACUCUCGACGAGGACCUCCAGGUGUUCAUCAAGAGUAUUGCGAAAGGCCACAAAAGAAUCGAGCUACUUUUGCAAGACGAGGGGGAAACCACUCGAGAACAUGUCACCAACGAAGCUACAAGAACUGUGAACUCUGUGAGCUCUCACAUCAUGACACAAGCUGAGAAGCGGGAAACGACAGAGGCCCUGUCAGCUAAUCGGCAGAGUUUUCUUAAAAGUUUCAGAUUUCAGGAGAUGAAUGAGAGAGUGAAUGCCGUCACCGACCCGGAAGAUGUUUGUUUCGAUAGGGUGUUGCAAUCUUUCGAGAAGACAGCCCAUGACAGAAUAGUAAAUUCUUCCCGGAAUGCUGAGUCGACAACGAGACUAGAGAGGUCAUUUGCCGAGGCAGAUCCACUUUGGAACAGCUUUGCAGACUGGCUUCAAUCAGAUGGGCAACUGUUUUGGAUCCAGGGAAAACCAGGAUCCGGCAAAAGUACUCUUGUCAAAUAUGUCGCAAGCAAGAAGGUCACCCAAACACUAUUGAAGGAGUGGAAUCCCAAUACCCGAAUACUCUCGCACUUCUUUUGGAAGAUCGGGACAUCUUUGCAGAACGACAUAAAGGGUCUCUACUGUUCUUUAUUACAUCAACUGCUGGAAGGCAAAGAUGGGCUUACUAGCAGCAUAAUGGAUUUCUUCCCGUCCUCAAAGUCUAAAAAGUCCUAUCAUGACUGGUCAGUUCCAGAGCUGAACAGCCUUUUACUGCGGGUCUUGGAGCUGGCAACGGAUCAUGAAAACUUGUGCAUCUUCAUUGACGGCCUUGACGAAUUCGUUAGCGACUCUGGGCAAGACGCUAUCAUAACGUUCAUGUCGGAUUUAAAGCGGUUUACGAAAGUCAAGGUUUGCGUCACCAGCCGACCGGAGCUCUGGUUAAAAGAAGAGCUGGACACGGCGCCCAAUCUCAAACUGCAUGACUUGACUGCACCAGACAUGCGAAAAUGGGUCCACGAGAGGCUCCAGCAAUUCGAGACCGUGUUCACAUUCAGUCGACAUUUCUUCUCGGAUCUAGUUAAGCAGCUUCUGAAGAAAGCAGGAGGGGUUUUCCUCUGGAUUCGCCUUGCAACACAAAGUGUUAUACGGGGUAUAAAAAACAAGGACUCUGAGGAGAUGUUGAUAUCGCGACUGGAACAACUUCCGGAGAAACUCGAAGACCUAUACUACGACAUGUGGAAGAGACUGGGGGAGGAUGAGCCUCUCUAUCGAAAAUCAGCGGCCACCUACUUGCGCCUCAUGGUCGGAUUUAAAACCAUGAUGGAGGACGCAGAUAUUCAAUAUUGCCCUGCAUUUGGGGCACUUCAUAUCAUAAAGAUGGUAUUUGCAACCCGGACGGAUAUUCAGAGAACGUUGACCAUGUUUACCGACGAUACUGACUAUAAAAUGGUGAACUCACUUUGCGAAACUACAACGAACCAGAUACACACAAAUUGUGCUGGCCUUCUGGAAGUUCAUCCCCCGAGUUAUCCUUCAGAUGACCACGAUCCAGUGCCAAAGAUGAAUGGCACAGUUGAAUUUGUUCAUCGCACAGCAUAUGACUUCAUCGUUGGUACCGAAGCAGGCCAAAAGAUCAUCAGUUAUAGCGGGAUGUCAGACUGUGAGGUGGAGGUGCUCUUGUACUACAGCGGCUUGUACUGGCAGAGGAUACUUUACCCUGUACACAAACUUCGUAUGAGCACGCUCCAUCUCGUCAAGGGAUUGCCGAGAUUACUAGGGCUCAAAGGCCCCGAGGACAACAUACAGAAAAUCGAGGGUCUGUGUUGUGCAAUAAGGACAUUUUAUGAUAAUGAGUUUUUGGCCUCCGGCCUUGGACGAUGGCCUCGGCCUCCAUUUGCGUCGAUCCUGGCAACAGUCAGACCAAUCUUUGAUUGGGAGGUGGAACAUAUGGACCCUGACUCAGCUACCAGCGUUCUGCAAAACAUCCCGUGGCAUAAGCUCAAAUGGGACGAGAGCAACGAUAUACCAGUGUCGGGACUGCGGAGGCUUCUUUCACAAGGCGCUGACCCAGACGCUGCCGUGUCAUACGCGGCGCUCUACCCCAUUACAGAAGUGCAGCAUGGAAAGCGAACAGCUGCUCUGUGGGAAUUUCUCUAUCAUACCCAAUGGGUCAUGUGGCAGAAUAAUAGUCAAAACAGGACGACACAGCCCCAUGUAGUGGAGAUCGCUGCGGAAAUGCUACAAAGAUCUUCCAGUGUCGACCAACAUGGACUUUUAGUACAUGAAAAGAUGUUUAGUGGAAAGCCGAGGACACAACGUUUCUUUUACAGCCUUAAAAUCGAAGAAGAAGAAAACAUUUUCGACGCUUGGAUUCGAUGUAUCCUCUCAGCCAAUGUGUCUUACCUACUGGAUUCCAUGUUACGGUUCUUACCUCAGCAAGAGAAAGCCAAAAUGCACGAUCAAGUUCAAUUUAUCGAGAGCAAGAUAGUAGAUCCAACGAUUUGCUUACGAGUCCUUGUUACCGACGAUGACGGAGUCUUGCAGUGUUUUCAGAUCAUUGAUCAACACCCGUUUCAAGGCUUGAUCGACACAAUCAAUGAACAAGAAAGAAACCACCAGCGUCCUAGACGCUUUGGACAAUGCAAGGAUGAGAUGGCGUCAUUAAUUGAAGCGAAGAGAGCGAUGGUGGAGAUUGAAUCUAAAUAUGUUCGACGAACUUUUGUUGAACAAGGCCUCCUUGGAACUUACGAAAUUGAAGACGACGGGCUCGAAUACUCGCCGGAGUUGCUGAGAGAAAUUGAGGACCGAACUGGGCUGUUUUCUUAUAACGCAUCGUAG